AUGGAAAAUAAUACAACAUGCCAUGAUUUCGGCGGAGGAGAUACUUGGCACGUUACGCCUUUCGAACGGUUUCGUGUCCUAGAUUGUUUCUUCAUUCUCAUCGGAAUCAUUGGAAAUUCUUUCGUCAUUUACAUUCAGCUGUCUCUGAACGAAGCCCGAAUCGGGAGAGAUUCAUCCAGCACCAACCGCCUCGUAGUCUGUCUGGCGAUUGCAGAUCUGUGUACAGCGAUAUUCUUGAUACCGGUUCCUAGAAUAGUGAACAUACCGAACACCGCAGCGGGGAAGUUUUACUGUCAUAUCAUCAAUUCCAGGUAUCUACUAUGGGUAUCGUUCCGGGCAUCUGUGUACACCCUGGCCACAAUUGCGAUUGAACGGUUCUUGGCAGUUGCACACCCUUAUACCUACAGAGUCUGGGCACAUAAGAAAUACGUCGGGUACGCAGUUCUGGCAAUCUGGCUCUGUCCCGUCAUCAUUCGAUUUCCCAUGAUGUACUUUCGAACUGUAGACGAAUGCGGUAGGUGCCGCAGUAGAUAUCCAGAGCCCAAUUCCUUGAAGGUAUAUUAUUCUUUCCUGUUCGUGAUAGAGUAUUUGUGUCCGUUGAUCAUCAUCUUAUACACCAACACCAGGGUCAUUGCUGAGCUUGGAAGAGGCCGAUUUGACCAGGACACAAGUGAUCCUACCGCUAGGCAACAGUCCACGCAACUGCAGUCAGCGCGACGUCGCCUAACAGUCAUGUUUAUCUUCAUCUGCGCUUCCUUCAUUCUCCUGUCAACACCCGAUCAAUUUGGCAUCUUCCUGUAUCGCAUCGAAGCACUCCCAAGGACAUAUCCAUCUACGGUAAUCUUCGACGUCUUAGUGGCGAUAUCUUUCCUGAAUGCGGCCGUCGCCAAUCCCCUCAUCUAUUCAGUGUGUCUUCCAACCUUUCGCCAGGCUGUCAAGGGUCUUCUGAUGUGUCGAGGUAUAGACAGAACAAGGUCAUCCCUGAUGGCGCCCACCACUUCCAGUAUGGCUACAUCUUCAGCCUGA